AUGUUCCAGAGGAAGAAAAAAAAGAGAAGACCGGAGAUCUCAGCUCCAAGGAAUUUUGUCCACAGAGUCCACACGUCGUUUGACCAUGAACGGGGAUGUUUCGUGGGUUUGCCCCCUCAGUGGCAGAGUCUAAUCGAAACUCUGAAGAGGCCUAAGCCCAUAGUGGACGUGUCCACCAUCACGCCUAUGGACCUCAAGCCAAAAAAGAGAAUUGUGCGUGGGAGUUUUAUUGGUCAUAGAGAUUAUAUGUCUGCUGCAAUAGCAGGAAUAAACCAGGUCUCUGUCACCAGCUCCAACUCACUGAGGAAGACUAGCCCAUCACUACGGAAACGAGCCCAGUCCAUGGGACAGAUGGGUCAAAUGCCUGAAGGGGACACAUACCAAUACCAGGAACUGAAUGUUAAAAACCUUAAAAAUGGCACGGUCCCCUCAGAUUGGCAAUCGAAGGAACGCCAAGCCCGCAGUGAGAGUGGGAGUCCAAUAGUUGGCAUGAAGAAGGGUGCAACUGUCACCCCUCAACCCAACAAAGUUCCACCAAGAGCCAUUUCAGUCCACGAGAUGUCCCUCACAUUACCUGAGAAACCCAAUCUCAGUGCAAGGGAUAUUCUGAUACUUGCUGAGAAGGCAAAACUAAAAUCGCAUCAGUCUGGCAUGGCUGGAACAUACAAUGAUAAAAAUCAGAGGCCUGCGUCCUGUAUCUACACUGUGACUCAAAAUCGCACCGCAGAAGCCAAGCACAGAGUUAAUAUCUCUCCAGCAUUAUCCAGGGUUUCUACGAAGACCCCCAGAAGACCACACUCCACUUAUGACUUCAAGGUAAACUCUUUGGGCCAUCCUGCAUUGCCUAGACCCAAUGGCACAAGCAGUCCAAAACUAGUGUCUGGUGUUCACCCGCACCAAAAAUUACACCAAACCUCCAGUCACCCUUUAGAUCCUCUCUUACAUACAGACAAAGAAAAGGACAGAACAAAAGUCCCGGUCUCACCCGACCAAAACAGUUCCCCGCAACGCCGGCCAUCUCCAACAGGAUCCCCAGGCAAAGGCCCAUCCAGAACUCCAUCUUGUCUUAGACAGACUCCACCUGCUCCUUCGGUGUAUGAGGAGCCUAAAGUCUCCCACGAGCAAUUUAAGGCUGCCCUGCAGAUGGUAGUAGACAAAGGUGACCCACGAACUUACCUGGAGCACUUUGUGAAGAUUGGAGAGGGCUCGACUGGUGUGGUAUGCAUUGCCCGAGAGAAACACAGUGGAAAGCAAGUAGCGGUGAAGAUGAUGGACUUGAGGAAACAGCAGAGGCGAGAGCUUCUGUUUAAUGAGGUUGUCAUCAUGCGAGACUACAGACAUAAGAAUGUGGUGGAGAUGUAUAAAAGUGCUUUAGUCGGGGAGGAGCUCUGGGUUAUAAUGGAGUAUUUGCAGGGCGGAGCUCUCACCAACAUUGUGUCAGAGACCAGGCUAACUGAGGAGCAGAUAGCUACGGUGUGUGAAUCUGUGCUGCAGGCGCUAGCGUAUCUCCACGCUCAGGGAGUUAUUCACAGAGAUAUCAAGAGUGACUCUAUACUCCUAACACUGGAUGGGAGAAUAAAACUUUCAGAUUUUGGAUUCUGUGCCCAGAUUAGUAAAGACAUCCCAAAAAGGAAGUCUCUGGUUGGAACUCCAUAUUGGAUGGCUCCAGAGGUUGUGUCAAAGACUCCAUAUGGCACAGAGGUGGAUGUCUGGUCACUAGGCAUUAUGGUAGUGGAAAUGGUGGAUGGAGAGCCUCCAUAUUUCAGUGAAACACCUGUAGCAGCGAUGAAGAGGCUUAGAGAUGAGCCGGCCCCUACAGUCAGAAACACACAAAAGAUCUCUCCAGUGCUAAGGGACUUUUUGGACUCAAUGUUGACAAGAGAUCCUCUGAAACGGGCUACUGCAAAUGAUCUACUUCAACACCCAUUUCUGCUGCAGAGCAGCUCUCCGCGCUGCCUGGUCCCUCUGGUGGAGCAAUAUCGCAAGCGCAUGUCUCGUUGUUGA